UUUCUUUCACCCACAAAAUUUUCACUUUCUCUCAUCACCAAACACAUACUUCAAAACCCCUCUUUCAACACUUUAAACUCUCUAACUACUACCCAACACUCCUCUUCAUCAAACUCAAUAUUUCCACCAUCUUUUUCUACACUUUCAAGAACUUGAACACCCCCACCCCACCCUACACACAAAAAAAAAAAAAAAUGGAGAAUGAGAAAGAGUUACCACCACUAGUAGUGGAUCAACAAAACACUAAUUACUAUUCAUCAUCUUCUUCAAGUAGUAACACACAUAAAUCUAUAGAGACAUUACUAGUUGUACUAGCAGUAAUAACACUACUUGGUGUUAUUGCUAGUAUUAUUGCUAGGCUUUGUGGUGGUAGACAUUUUAGUGGUAAUGGUGAAGAUGAUAUUGAAGGAUGGGUUGAAAGAAAAUGUAGAAGUUGUAUUGAUGGUGGUAUCCCUAAUACUUCACAACCAUCACCAUCACCACCACCGCCAGCUAAAGAAGAAGUUAAGACGACGACGACGACAACAACAGAAGAAGAAGGAAAGAAGUAAAGAGAGAAAAUAGAAGUAUAGUAAGGGUUCUCUUUUUU